AUGCACUUUGACCAUAGAGAAAUUAGAGAAUAUUAUAACAUGGCCGCCACGAUGGUUGAGUCGCCCCCUCCUCAGUUGAUUACGACUAUAGAAUGGAGUAUGAUGGAUAAAACCAAGUUUUUUCCGUUAUAUACCUUGAGCAGUUUUACAGUAAGAUGCGCACUAUACCCGUUAACUCUAAUCAAAACACAGAUACAAGUGCAAAGAAAAAAGGAGGCUUACAGCGGUGUCGCUGAUGCUAUAUCUAAGAUAUAUAAAAACGAAGGCGUACCUGGACUUUAUCGAGGGUUCUGGCUAUCUAGUUUUCAGAUAAUCUCAGGAAUUUUCUACAUAACUACGUAUGAAGGUGUGCGGUAUGAACUCGGGAAAUAUGAUGUCAGUCCUAAAGUGAAGUCGUUUAUAGGCGGUGGUUGUGCGUCGAUAGUGGGCCAGACGAUUAUAGUACCGUUUGAUGUGCUCAGCCAACAUCUCAUGGUGUUGGGGCUCGUCAAAGGAAGAGGGAAUAUUAGGAAUCCACAAAUGAACCCUCUUGGCCUAGAUUUAGAGAAGCGUAUGUCUAAGGCAGCUCUUGCCAAGGAGGUCGCAGUGAGAGUGUAUCAGUUGCAUGGACCGCUCGGAUACUACCGCGGGUACACAGCUUCACUCGCCGCUUAUGUACCUAAUUCCGCGCUGUGGUGGGCGCUGUAUACUGCUUAUCAAGAUGAGCUCCUAAAAAUAGCUCCGUCGUGGGUAUCGACGCUGCUCAUACAGUGCGCGGCCGGUACAUUAGGCGGCUUCACUACAACCUUCCUAACGAAUCCAUUGGAUAUAGUGCGCGCUAGGCUACAGGUUGAAGGAGUAGGCACAAUGAGGCAAAUAUUCAAAACACUAUGGGCAGAGGAAGGUCUAGUAGGACUGUACUUCAAAGGUCUGUCAGCUCGAUUACUGCAGUCAGCCUGCUUCUCAUUCAGCAUCAUCCUCGGUUACGAGAGCAUCAAGAGAGUCGCGCUCAGCGACGAGUUCAAGCCCAGAGUGCGUUGGUGA